AUGCAACAAUGCGGAGUUUCGACGAACAAGAAUGGACCAGGAAUGUGGGCCGUUGACAGCGGGGCAACACAUCACAUCUGUCACGACAAGUUCAAGUUUGCAAGCUUGGUCGAAGGCCAUGAUGGCGAGAUCCUGGUGGCUGAUGGCAACAAGGCGGCCAUCAAAGGUGUGGGGACCAUCGUGGAAAAGGUGAUUCUGCCAAACGGGGAAGAGCGCGAGAUCGAGAUCAAGAACGCGCUCUAUGUGCCCAGCAUGAGCAAAAAUCUGCUCUCGGUGCCGCAGAUUAACAAGCACGGCAACUUCCAAGUGGUGUUUGACGGGGAUACGAUGUACGUCGCUCGCAAGGAUUCCAAUCAAGUGGUGGCAGCUGCGGAUCUUGUAGACGGACUCUACUGGCUUCGCACGACGCAGCGAUCGGCCAAUGCGACAUCACUCAGCAACGCUGUUGAUCUACAUGCGCGAAUGGGCCAUGCUCCAGUCGACGUGCUUCGCAGGAUGGUGACAAGCCACAUGAUCAAGGACGCUCACAUCCCUUCCAAGCCGAAUGGAUCAAGUGUGUGUCGAGGAUGCCAAGAAGGGAAGAUGGUCCAAAAACCAUUCCCGAGCAACCGUGACAAGCGCACCUACAACACCUUCGAGAUGCUCCACUUCGACAUCUGCGGACCCAUGGAAGAAAAAUCUCUGGGUGGCAGCAAGUAUCUGCUGCUGAUCGUGGAUGAAGCCAGCGGAUGCAUGAAGGGUUUUUGUCUGCAUUCCAAGUCAGAGAGCGAAGAGUGCAUCAAGAAGUACAUCACGAUGAUACAGACGCAGUUCAACAAGAAAGUCAAAUUUGUGCGACACGAUGGAGCCCGCGAGUUUGCGACGAACUCGCUCCAAGAUUUCUACGAAGUCGAAGGCAUCGAGCAACAAACCACGGUGCCAUACGCACAUCAAGCCAAUGGAACUGCUGAACGCGCGAUUCGAACUAUCGUCACCAUCGGUCGUAGCAUGCUCCAUCAUGCCAAGUUGGACAAGUGCUUCUGGGCUGAAGCGGCAAUGACGGCCGUCUAUGUGAAGAACCGUUUGCCGUCACCCAAGAUUCCACACAAGACACCGUUCGAGAUUGUCUACAAUUCUAAGCCAAGUGUCAAGCACAUGCGCGUUUUUGGGUGCCAAGCAUACAUCUUGACCCCGAAGGAGAAACGACUCAAGUGGGAUCCCAAGGCCCGGGCUGGAUUGUUUUUGGGCUACGAAGAAGUGUCCAAGGCGUAUCGAGUUUACGACAUCGAAGCGGGGCAGGUGAUGAUAAGUCGCGAUGUCAAAUUCGAUGAGUCGGCCUUUGGAAUGUCGAUGCUGAUUUCCGAUGACGAUGUUGAUGGCCUGGACUUCGAAUCGAUCGAUCUUGAUGAGGAAGAACCGCGUCCGAGACACUUCAAACAAACAGGAAAGCGCAAGGCCCAACCCAGUCACGACAAUGACGACGCAAGCAUGCCCCGAGCAGUGCGCCAACGACCCGGAUUGGAAGAGUCAAGUGCACCGGAUGACCUCUCUUCACGUCGAGCCAACGAAGAUGAAGAAAGGAAGUCGGAGGAACAACAUGACACACCGACUUCCUCCGCGUUUUGGCAUGCGAGUGCAAACGCCGUCGAAGCAGCGGUCGAUUUUUCGGAGCCGUCGACAUUUGAAGAAGCAGUGUCUGGCCCGGACCAAGUACACUGGCGCAAGGCAAUUGAUGCGGAGCUCGAUUCGAUGAAGCUUCGCGGUGUCUUUCGUGCGGCCAAGUUACCCAACGGACAACGCGCCAUUGGCACAAAAUGGGUGUUCAAGAUCAAGCGCAAGGCGGAUGGGUCAAUCGAGAAGUACAAGGCACGACUUGUGGCCAAGGGUUUCCGCCUAAAGUAUGGCAUCGACUACACGGAGACGUUUUCGCCUGUGGUCAAGUAUGUGUUGCAUUGUAGAUCGGAGCGAGGAAAGCGGAGCGGAGAGACCGAAGAGAGUAGAGCAGAAAACACUUGCCCAAUAGUUGGAAGAUUCGAAAGUGAUUGA